AUGACUCUCAAGGUUGAUUUGUUCACAUCAUCUGCCACCGGCAUGCUGAAGAUCAAGAAGGAUCAAAGUGCACUUAAGACUCUUUUGGAGGCCAAGGGCAUCAAGUACAAUGAGUACGAUGUCGCCUCUGACACUGAGAAGAGAUUGUGGAUGAAGGAGACAAGUGGAAAGACUGAGUUGCCACAGUUGUUCGUCAAUGACAAGUUUGUUGGCAACUACGACGAUCUCCAGGAGCUUGAGGAGGGUGGAAUGUUCAUGGACCUCUUCAAAUAA